AUGUUAAUAAUUACAGUGUUCUUAAGUUGUGUGGCAAUUGUGUCAUGUGGCCACUCGCCGAACGCUGAAUAUAUCGAGGAACUGGUCCGCAAUAAUGCCUUCGGGGCUCGGAUUUCGGACAAUAUUAUGGAAGAUGCAACUCUUGAUUUGGCUAGUUUAGUAAGAAAAUAUAACUAUCCCUUCGAAGAGCACUCUGUGACGACUGAGGAUGGCUACAUAUUGGGAUUACACCGAAUUCCCCAUGGACGUGACUCAAACAACACUGGAGGAGACAAACCAGUUGUAUUCCUUAUGCAUGGUUUGACUUCGGCCUCCUCGGAUCACAUUAUUAUGGGACCUGGAAGUGGACUUGCUUAUAUCUUGGCUGAAGAAGGUUACGAUGUAUGGCUUGGUAAUGCUCGUGGAAAUUAUUUUUCGCGCAACCAUAGAACGCUAAACCCCAAUAAUCAAAGAAGUGGAUUUUGGAAUUUCUCCUGGGAUGAAAUAGGAAAUAUGGAUUUGCCCGCAUUGAUUGAUUAUACUCUUCAAUAUACAGGAAAAUCAGCAUUACAUUACAUUGGUUUCUCUCAGGGCACCACUUCAUUCUUUGUAAUGGCUUCACUUCGACCAGAAUAUAACCAGAAAAUUAUCUCAAUGCAUGCUUUGGCACCGGUAGCAUACAUGGAACAUAGUAGGAAUAUUUUGUUCCACCUUCUAGCACCUCAUGCUAACAAUUUAGAGGCUUUAGCGAGAUUAAUAGGUCUAGGAGAAGUCUUUCCCAAUACCGAACUUUUUACGAAAGUAGGAGAAAUUUUUUGUGCUGAUGAAGCAAUUACACAGCCCAUCUGUAGUAGUAUAAUAUUUUUAAUAUGUGGGUGGAAUGAGAAUCAACACAAUGCGACUAUGCUGCCGGUAAUGUUAGGACACACCCCUGCAGGAGCUGCUAUAAGACAGUUUGCUCACUAUGGACAAAGUAUAACUAACAAAGAUUUUCGACGAUAUGAUCAUGGGCUACUGGAAAACAUUGUGACAUAUGGUUCUGCCAUCCCACCAAGAUAUGAUCUAUCCCAAAUUACUGCACCAGUUUUUCUUCAUUAUUCUGAUGGUGAUCCAUUGGCUGAUCCUGCUGAUGUUGAUAGAUUGCACAGAGGCUUAGGAAGAUCGAUGGGAAAAUUCAGAGUUCCACAGGCAACAUUUAGUCACAUAGAUUUUAUAUGGGGCAUUGAUGCAAAAACGCUUUUAUUCGAUAGCGUUAUUCAACUCAUGAAAGUAAUGGAGGCUAUAAGUUGAAAAAAAAAUAUUGAAUAAAAUUUGUGCAUUUA